GGGGCGAGGACCGCCAGGAUCCGCGGGCCGGGGGAUGCGGCCCUCUGCGCCUUCCCCGUGGAGCCUCCGUGCCCGCGAGUCCUGCCAGCCUUUCGGGGCCAGGAAGACCGACGCGGGGCUGAGGGCUUCCUGGUAGCCCCCUCCCCGCGGCCCGGCUAGCCCCCGCGCUGAUGCGGGUAAGGAUUUCCUGCCGCCGCAGACGAGGAUUAGCGCGCCCCGGCCGGCGCGGCGGGAUUAGUCCGCGUGGACUCCGCGCUCGGCCCGGGGAUUACAGCGCGCUCCCCCCGACGUAUAUAUUCCUGCGGCGGUGGCCGUGGGGCCAGGCCAGCAUGGCUAAGGCGGGGGGCGCGGUGAGCCGCAGGGGCCCCGGGCGGCCCUGCCCCUUCUCCAUCGAGCACAUCCUUUCCAACCUGCCCGAGCGGAGCCCCCCGGCACGGGCCGCCCGCACCCCGCAGCCCGCCGGCCACCAGAGCCCCGCGGAUUCCGGAGAGCCCGGGGCGCCCGAGGCCGCGCCUUGCGCCUGCUGCUGCUGCUGCGGACCCCGCGCCGCGCCCCGCGGGCCCCCGGAGCCGGCCUCCGGGCUGGGUGAGUGGGAGCAGGGCGCGGGCGCGGGGGUCCUCCGGGCGCGGGGCGGUCUGGGCGGAGCUCGGACCCCGCUCCGCGCCUCACCGCGCCUUCACCCCGCAGGCGCGCGGCUGCCGUGGCCGCUGAGGCUGGGCCCCGCGGCGCCCUUGCCCUUGGCUGCGCCCACGGGAGGCCCGGGGGCGCUGCCCGGCACGGGCGGUCCCGGCCCGCAGCGGCGCACGCGGCGCCACCGCACCAUUUUCAGCGAGGAGCAGCUGCAGGCGCUGGAGGCGCUCUUCAUGCAGAAUCAGUACCCCGACGUGGGCACGCGCGAGCGCCUGGCCGGCCGCAUCCGCCUGCGCGAGGAACGCGUGGAGGUCUGGUUCAAGAACCGCCGGGCCAAGUGGCGACAUCAGAAGCGCGCGUCAGCCACCUCGAGGCUCCUCCCCGGAACCAAGAAGCCCGCAAAGGAGAGCUGCUGAUGGCUCUGGGAGCUACUCCUGGGCUUGGCCGGGUCCUUUGGGGCCGGCUCAGGGAGGGGACAGAUCGACCCGAAAUGGUGCUGACAGAGGACACCUCUUCCCGCCUGCAGGCUUCCUGCAUCCUGCAGCUAGUGCUCAAGGCAGGAGCUUCUCUGCCAGACAGCAGAGAAGCUCCCGUGCCCACCCCCUGUGCCACCUGCCCCAGGAAAGGAGGGAACGCUGAGCAUCUCCAGGUGCUCUCCUUUCCAGCGACUAGGGUCGGGGAGAUUCCCCGGGAGCUGCAGCGGGGUGGGGGUGGGGGGUUGUUGGUUGCUGGGAGCAGGGCACAGAGCAGAUAAGCUUCCUCAACUCCCCACCAACUCCAGGACAGGAACCAUCCCCUUGUCAGGAGGGCCCAGAAUCCUCCUCUCCCUCCUGGGGUAUGCUGAUGUCCCGCCUCUUCUCAGCAUGGACAUAGGUCUCUUGACAUGGCCAAGGGGGUGAAGGGGGUGUUCUGUGCAUUCUGGGGUUGUCAGCUCGCAUGUCCUGCACUGGGCCUUCCUGUCCAGAGCUAUAGGAUAAGGACAUUGGAUGAGGUCAUCUCCAGAAGCCCCCUACCCUGCCCCUUAAUUCUGUGAGCCUUGCCUGGAUACUGGGAAAUAAACAAGCAACUACAAACGGCACAAAAGCAGUCCAAAGUUCGAAGUCCACCAUGACUUCACUCCCACAUCCAGGGGGUGGGGGCCAGCUGGUCUUGGGGAGCACAGCCCAGUGAGUCCUCAGUUUCUGUGCUCCCCAGCACAGCAGACUACCCCACAGAUCAUGGCCUGGCACCCUGGGGGUCUGCACUGGCCUUUAGGUACUGAACGGGUAGAGAUCCUUGGCCUCCUCCUUCUGGGGGAUUUACACGCUAUGUGUCUGCCAUCCUGUUGGGGCAAGAGGAGGUUUGACUGGGGAGGAUGCACCACACCCCCUGCCACUGCCUUGGAAAAUCUGUUUUCGUCUCCAACAUCCCAGCCCUAGGGUGAAGGACAGUGUGAAAAUGAGGCUUUCACUCUCCCCAGUAGGCCUGUACGGUGGGUUCAAGGCACCUAACACCAUCAUCUGGCUUGGGGACCAUGUUCUGCCUCCUCACAGGUCCUGGAAGAAAUUGGGGGAUGGGGUAUCUGAAAGGAGACACAGUCCAUUCAUUAAAGGUGCAGAAGCUGAGCAGGCAUGAUGUCCCCAGCCAGUGCUGCUCUAACACUGCCGGAUGCCUCCAGGACAGCAGCACCCACCUCCACCUCUCAGGAUGCACACUUCUGGCUGUCACAAAGCUCUUUUCCCCCGAACCCCAGCCUUAUCCUUGGAUACUGCCCAGCCCUCCUGCAGAGCUUCCCUGCAGUUUGGAACACCCUCAUCUCUGGGACCCCAGCCCCCCAUUGGCUCUUUGUCAUUGUAGAGGGCAGCCAUGAUCAGAGCUCCAUUUCAAGGGGCCAGUGGCUAUACUGUCCUUCUGAUUUCUCUCAUUUCUCUCUAGCUGUUCCUUGGCAGGUUCACCCCUACAAGCUGCCCAUUAACAUAGGUGUCCUGCAGGCUGGACCCAGGCAUGGCCCUCUCUUCUCCAUUCUCUCCUUGCUUUAUCACUGCCUCUUUUAGACUCCAAUUCCCUUCUGUCUUCCACAUUUACAUCUCCAGCCUAGGCCUCUUCCCUUAACUAGAUACUUCUGUCCAUCUAUCCCCUUGACCUCUCCAUGUGGAAGCCCACUGUGCCUCAAAAUCACCUUGUCCAUGGCAAAUUCUUCCCCUGUGCAAACCAGGUGCAUGAACCAGAGGACUCGCAAUUACCCACACCCCUCUUCUCCCUCACCCACCAUCCCAGGCCAGCAGCAAAUCCAUUUUUCUUCCAAAAACAAUCCCAGAAGCUAUUUUUUCCCCAGCUUCAACAGUACCAACCUGAUGAAAGUGCUGUCAUCCCUUACCAUGACCAUUGUAGGUGCCUCCAGUCUUGUCCACCUGCAGCCACUCUGUUUCCUCUGUAAUUCAUUCUCCAUAAAAGCCAGGGUGCAAGUUUGAACUGCCCCUCCCCUGCCUACAGCACUCCAAGGGCUUUCUGUUGUUCUUAAAUAUAAAACUCACUGUGACCCAUGAAGCCCCAUGCAGCCGGCCCCUGCCCAUCUGGCAUCAUUUCAUACCUCACUGCUCCUUGCAGUCUGUGUGUAUCAAAAGCUCUCUUUUGCUGCAAGACCUUUGCACCUGCUUUUUCCCUCUUCCUGGUCAGUGUCUGUUCAUCCUUUGGAUCUGCAACCAUUUCUGACCCUGGGGAGACUUCCCCUCACUGCCCCCUAGGUAAGAUUCCCCAACAACAAACUUUCUUUCUUUCUUUCUUUCUUUUUUUUUUUUACACCUGUCUGCUGCAGUGUUUUAAAGAUUUUUAAGUUUAUUUAUUUUGAGAGAGAGAUUGAGGAAGGGGCAGAGAGAGGGAGAGAGAGAAUCCCAAGCAGACUCUGUGCUGUCAGCGCAGAGCCCAACCUGGGGCUAGAACUCACAAACUAUGAGAUACUGACCUGAGCCAAGAUCAAGAGUCAGACACUAAACCAACUGAGCCAUCCGGGCCACACACUCCCGCCCUGCCCCGUUGCAAUUUUAUGCUUGUUUGUGGGAUGAUGCAACUAGUGUCUGUCUUCCCCAUUUGACUGUCAGUUCCACAGGGCAGGAAUCAUCACCAUGGGGUUUCCCAGUGGGUGAAGGAAUGGCUGCCUAUUAUACUAAAUCAUUCUGGGGAAGAACUUACUUGUUUGAUGUAGUUCACAACCUCUUUUGGAGAAGAAAUGAUCAUUUUUGAAAAAAGCGGGCAAUUUUCUGGUCCAUUUCAAUGAAAGUUAGUCCGCUUCUGGGAAGCCCACUCGUGUUCAGGAACCGAAUAUUUUUUCUUAAUAUUUAUUUAUUUAUUUAUUUAUUUUAAACUUAAAAAAAUUUUUUUUAACGUUUAUUUAUUUUUGAGACAGAGAGAGACAGAGCAUGAAUGGGGGAGGGUCAGAGAGAGAGGGAGACACAGAAUCUGAAACAGGCUCCAGGCUCUGAGUUGUCAGGACAGAGCCCGACGAGGGGCUCGAACUCACGGACUGUGAGAUCAUGACCUGAGCCAAAGUCGGACACCCAACCGACUGAGCCACCCAGGCGCCCCAGAUGUUUAUUUAUUUUUAAGAGAGAGAGAGAGAUCACAAGCGGGGGAGGUGCAGAGAGAGAGGGUGGGUACAGAGGAUCGGAAGCAGGCUCCUGCUGACAGUAGAGAGCCUGAUGCAGGGCUCAAACUCACGAACCCUGAGAUCAUGACCUGAUCUGAAGUUGGACGCUUAACGGACUGAGCCACCCAGGCGCCCCAGGAACCGAAUAAUUCAAAAAAAAUUUUUUUAAUGUUUAUUUUUCAGGGAGACAGAGACAGACUGUGAGUGGGGGAGGGACACAGAGAAAGGGAGACACAGAAUCUAUAGCAGGCUCCAGGCUCUGAGCUGUCAGCACAGAGCCCGAUGUGGAGCUCGAACUCACAAACUGUGAGAUCAUGACCUGAGGCGAAGUCAGACGCUUAACCAACUGAGCCACCCAGGCGCCCCGGAACCGAAUAAUUUUUAACCAGACAUUUCUUUAUUGGAC